AUGGACACAGCUGCGGUGGUGACUCUUCUGGCUCUGCUUAUGGCGAUGGCUGGCAUCAGUCAGGCUCUUCGCAUCCAAAGUGGUCUGGACAAAAAUGACUUCCUGCCAGACAGCUCAGAGGAGAACAUGGCUGACCACCUGCUGGGGCUGGAGAGUGAAAACACAGAGAACAGCAUUGAUGAUCGUCUGCUGACCUCAGUGCUGAGAGCUCUGCUGCUCGGAUCUCAGAGAGAAACCAGGAACUCUGUCCUCCAUCAGCCGCAGAGGUUCGGCCGCGGAUCCAGAGGGCAGGUAGUGUCAGAGGAUCAGAUACAUUCCCGUAACUGGGAGGCAGCCCCCGGUCAGAUCUGGAGCAUGGCCGUGCCCCAGAGAUUUGGCAAGAAAUAA